UUAAAAGUUAUCAUCACCAUCAUCAUGUUAUUAUCGAAACAGGCUGAAACAUGAUCUGGUCCUCAGAGGAGUGUUCAUUGCUGGAGUACUUGAUGUGAAGCGUUUUCCAACUGUAGCCAGAUGAAAUCAUGACUCUACACUCCAUAUGAUUUUGAGUUUCCAAAAGGAAGCGCAAGGUUCUGGUGACGUCACGUCGUGGCUUUAAAAGCUCAGGGGAAACGGGGAGUGCGCACUGGUCGAGGAGGAAACCCAACGCGAGAUGAUCUGGACCGUUUUGCUGCUCGCUCUCGUCUUGCUGCUCUGCUUCAUCGUCCCGCGUCGAACCAGAUCCAAGACCGAGCCUCCACUGGACAAAGGAGUUGUCCCGUGGUUGGGACAUGCCCUGGAAUUUGGAAAAGAUGCUUCCAAGUUCUUGGCGAGAAUGAGGCAGAAACAUGGAGACAUUUUCACGGUCUGCGUUGCUGGACAUUAUGUGACGGUGCUUCUUGAUCCGCACUCGUACGACGCUGUCCUCAACGAUUCUGGCUCGCUGGACUUCACACGCUACGCUGAGGUGCUCAUGGACCGGAUCUUCAACCUGCGACUCUCACACCAACUGACAGCCAAAGCAAAAGUGAUCAUGAAACAACACUUCCAGGGCAUGAACUUUGCCUCGCUAAACGCCAUGAUGCGCAAACACCUGCGGGCAUUGCUGACGGCGGAGAUGCCUGAGAACGAGAAAGACUGGAAAGAGGACGGCCUGUUCAACUUCUCCUACCGCGUCCUGUUUAAGGCGGGGUACCUGACGCUGUUCGGAGGUGAACAAAACAACAACAACACCGAUCCCUCCAGUGUUUAUGAGGAAUACAGGAGGUUCGACCAGCUCCUGACCAAACUGGCUCGAGGAACAUUGAAGGCUGGGGAGAAGAGAGAAGCCCAAAGUGUGAAGCAGAGACUAUGGGAGUUUUUGGCUCAGGCCGGCGCUUGUCGGACCGAGGACUCGGACACAAGCCCUUGGCUUCACGCUUACAGGCGUCUGCUGCAGGACAACGGAACCGACGAGGAGAUGGAGAGGAGAGCGGUUCUGAUGCAGCUCUGGGCCACACAGGGAAACGCUGGCCCUGCCGCGUUUUGGCUCUUGGGCUUCUUGUUGACCCAUCCUGACGCCAUGGAUGCAGUGAAGGCUGAGCUCAGCGGCGUGACACAGAUGGACCUGAGAGAGGGUCCGCCGCUGGGCCUGAGCACCCCUGUGUUUGAUAGCGCUCUUGAGGAAACCCUUCGACUCACUGCUGCCCCCUUCAUUACGCGGGAGGUAUUACAGCAGAAAACCAUCCACAUGGCAGACGGCAAAGAAUACCAGCUAAGGAAGGGAGACAGGCUGGUCUUAUUCCCCUUUAACAGCCCUCAAAUGGACCCUGAGGUCCACCAUGAGCCGCAGAAAUUUAAAUAUGAUCGCUUUCUGAAGGAAGACGGCUCAGCAAAGACAGAAUUCUAUAAAGGAGGAAGGCGGCUGAAACAUUUCACCAUGCCCUGGGGAGCUGGGACCAAUGGCUGUGUGGGAAGGCAAUUUGCCAUUAAUACCAUCAGGCAGUUUGUUUACAUGAUCCUGACAGAGUUUGAGUUGCGUCUGUGCGACCCGCGAGCUCAGAUGCCGGAGGUUGAUCCUGGUCGCUAUGGGUUUGGGAUGCUGCAACCACAGGGAGACGUGCUUGUCACAUACACAGCCAAAACUGAAGCGUCGUAGCACUUUGGUAGCUUUCCGUGUGCACAUUGUAUGAUGUUUUCUACUUUUGAAAUCUAUAUUUAUACGUAUAUUUUGUUAUUUAUCAAU